CUGUCGGACUGGUAUUCAUAGACCCUAAUAUGUUAUGACUAACAAAUUAACGAAAGGCUGAGUGAGAUUGAGAAAAGACGCAACCCUUCAUCUAUUCAUUGAUAAAUGAUUUAAAUAACUUGUGUGAGUUUGAUUAGAGAUGGCAUCAAAGAAACGAAGAGCAUCACGAGCAGGAUUGAGAAAACUGCCAUUGUCCUUGAUGUGUGAAUGGGCAUCAUGUAAAGAAACAUUUCUAGAUAUGGAACAAUUUACCAACCACCUGAAGGCUCACCUCACAGGUGUAACAAGCAAUGGUAUCAUGGAAGAAGCUACUGAAUACAGAUGCCUGUGGAGGGACUGUGAAAUGACGAUUACUGGCCAUGUGACAGAUUUUGUUAGACAUGUGUAUUUCCAUUCCUUCCAUGUCAAAAUUAAAUGUCUAGGAUCUCAGAUGGUACGGAGCUUAAAGCUACAGGGAUGUCAGCUGGAUGAACAAAGUCGCAAUUUAAUUCCAGAAUUACCAGAAAGAUUGCAGUGUGGUUGGAAGGAGUGCGAGACAAUCAUGGACAUCCCAGAAGCCUUCUAUCGACAUGUGGACAGUCAUGCUCUAUCUUUUCCCGAGGGAAAUAAUGUACCUGGAGGCUGCAAGUGUUCAUGGGAAGGCUGUGAUGCUGUGUCAAAAAGUAAAUAUAAAUUACGUGAGCAUCUUAGGAGUCACACACAGGAGAAAAUUGUAGCCUGUCCAAUUUGUGGAGGUCUCUUUUCUAGCAGAACAAAGUUUCUAGACCACCUGAAACGCCAAGAAGAAACAGACCACCAGUGUUACCAAUGUUCACACUGUGACAAACGCUACACCACUGAGAGACUUUUAAGGGAUCAUGUGCGCCAUCAUGUGAACCAAUACAAGUGUCCGUGCUGUGACAUGACAUGUCCUACACCAUCCAGUUUGAAAACACAUUUACGCUACAGACACACUACUCAGACUCCAUACAAAUGUGACCACUGUGGACAUGGAGCCAAGUCACUUGCUGACUUGAAAAAGCAUUUAGAAAGUCACAGUGUGGAUGUUCCAUAUCAUUGCCAUAUUCCAGAUUGUUCAUACACUUCAAGAACAUUCCAGAGCUUGGAAAAUCAUUUCAAACGUCUUCAUCAAGAUAUUGAUGUCCAGAAAUACAAAUGCCAUGUUUGCUCUACUCUUUUUACUCGUGGAACCAAUCUUACUUCCCAUUUAAAGAAAAAGCACAAGUUCAGGUGGCCGUCUGGACAUUCACGCUUCAGAUACAAAAUGCAGGAAGAUGGAUAUUUGCAGUUACAGACUGUGCGAUAUGAAAGCAUUAAACUGACUGAGCAGAUGGAGAAUGGCGAAUCAGAGUCAACUUCUGAAGUUGAUAAAGGUCAGCUUUCUUCCACAGAGACUGAAGAAGUCAACAGCAGAAAUAAGAAGAGAAGAAGAACCUUAAAAAAGGAGAAAGAAAAUACUGCUUCUUCAUCUAAACCUCAUGAUGUAUUACAUCAAGAUUACAAUGUCUGCAGGUCAGACCAAAGUGAUGGAAUUCCAGUUUCAACACAAAUUACUAAUCUCCGCUGCAACAGUGAUGAAGUCAACGAGCAAACUACAUCACAUGUGGCUCAAGUUGAAACAAGAUAUCAGUAUGUUUCAUUUGUAGAACUUCCCCCAAACUAUUUAGAUUUAAAUCCUUACUUGAAAGAAGUCCCUCAUCAUGUGCCCCAAAGUGAAGUAAUACAACCUGUUACUGUAGGAAGCAGUAGUUUGGAUGUAACAAGAGAACUGUACAGUGACAAUGUUUGUCCGAUUUCAGAGAGAGAGCCUGCAUCAGAGCAGGAACAUGCAUCACAACAACCAGUGUCAGAUGAGGAUAGAGGUGAAAACUACAAUUUGGAAAUGCUUGGAGAUGUUGCAUUGAGAGCACCCCCAGAGAAGGAAAUAUCAAGUCCAGGAAAAACAAGAAAAAGGAAACAAACCCUGACAAAUAAAUGCAGGAAUGCCUAAUGACAAGAUCCAACAAACAUCAAAAGUUUAAAAAGAGCAAUGAUCUCCAAUCUGAAAACAAUUCAAACUAUGAAAGAUGAAAAUGUGUAUUUUAAUUUAAUACAGUAUCUAAAAUAUACUGGUUGUGUACAUCUUCCUCAAAACUUAGAAAUGGGGAAAAACUGACAUGUACAAACCGUGAACUCUCACAAUUAAUAUCAGUUAACUUUGCUUAAGCAAUAAUCUUGGCCCAAGGAAAAAAAAUGUUAUUUACCAUUUCCCAAUCGACCUUAAUUUUUUGUGCAGGCCCAAAUAUUUUUUCAUUCAAUGUGGCCUGUAGCCGGUUCUUGGGGAAAAUUUUCAGUCACGGUCUUUAUCUUGCACAUGAGUUGAAUUAAGAAAAGGCAAAAGCAAAUCAUUUAUACACCUCCCAGCAAAAAUUGACAUUUCUGCAGGAGAGGGACUCAUUUUCUUAUUGAUGAAUGUUAAAUACAAUGUAACUAUGGGGUUGAGUUUCUUGUAGUAUGGGUGUGUAUUUUGGUUUUAAAAAUUGCAGAAAGAAUUAGUUUGAAAAUGUUCUAAAUGUUUUUUUAUUUACUUUAUUGGUAUGUAAUGGCUUCCAAUUUUUUUUAUAAAUCCAAUCAAAUGAAUUUUCAAGUGAGCACUGUGGCCCAGUUCUUUAGGAUGAGUCAUUACACAGCAAAUGUGUUUCAAAACAAAUUUCUAAAGUCUAAUUUGAAAAGAAUUUUAUUGAAAUCUUAUUAUACCCCCGCUCCGAAGGAGAGGGGGGUAUACUGUUUUACCCUUGUGUGUCUGUCUGUCUGUGUGUCCGUGUGUCUGUCCGUAACAAAUUUUGGUCGCAGUUCUGUCAGCAACUACUGAUCACAGAUGCUUGAAGUUUUAGCACAUUCUUUGUUUAGGCAUGCCAUAUGGUGGGAUUCAUUUUUGUUUAAAUCUGACGUCAACUUCCUGUUUAUCCGUGCAUCUGUCUGUACCAAAUUUCUGUCGCAGUUUUCUCAGCAACUACUGAGCAAGAUGCUUGAAAUUUUAGCACAAUCUUUGUUAAGGCAUGCCAGAUGGUGGGAUUCAUUUUUGUAUGAAUUUGAUGUCAACAUGAGAGGGUAACCGUAUAUUCACAUCAGAGCGGGGGUAUUACUAGUGAGCAUUAGCUCACAGACUUCUUGUUAACGCAGUUUUCACCUCUGAUGCACUUGUUUAUAUAAAUAAUAGAAUAUGACAUGCUGUUUUACAUUGAUGCUUUAAAGACCAUGUUUACUUCUCAUUAUAUUUCACAUGGUGAUAUGGUGUGUUGACCUACAUUCAAUAAAUGUGACAUCUUA